UUUACGGCGUAUUCAGUUCAACAAGCCAGCGCUUGAAUAAGUUUGAGAUAAAUUCGGAAUUUUUUGUUGUUGUCAGCAGCCAUGGCAAGUCCUUUGCAGCAUCAUUUGCUCAAUACGGCCAAGCAGAUCGAGAUGGAGCUGGACCAGCAGCUGGACCACCUGGACAACCUCGACUGUGAUGACCUGAAGGUGUUGCGCGAGCAGCGUUUGCGCGAAAUGCGGGAGCUGAACAACAAGAAGCAAGAGUGGCUCAAAUGUGGUCACGGCACCUACACGGAGCUGGCUGGCGAGAAAGAGUUCUUUGAGACGUCCAAGAAGUCAAACAAUAUCGUUCUACACUUCUAUUGCGACGGCAACGAGCGCUGCCGCAUUGUGGACAUGCACCUGAAGAUAUUGGCCUCGAAGCACGUGGAGACCAAGUUCUGCAAGUUGAACGCCGACAAGUCGCCCUUCCUGACUCACCGCCUGCGUAUCGAGGCAAUGCCCACCAUUGCCCUGGUGAAGGACAGCAAGGUAAAGGACUUUAUUGUGGGCUUUACCGAUCUGGGCAACUGUGAUGACUUCUCCACUGAGAUGCUCGAGUGGCGCAUCAGCCAGUCGGGGGCCAUUGACUACGACGGCGAUCUGAUGCAGCCGCCAGAAGGAAAACGCAAGCCAUACCUCAACCAGCCACAGAAGACAAUUCGUGAUGGCAACAAUUUCGAUGACUCUGACAUCGAGUUGGAUGACUGAUUGAAGUCAUCCAAGAAGCUAUGAAGCUCCCAGCAACACACACAAAAAGACACAAACUCAGAGAUACAACAGCAACUAGAACAGGUAUCUAAUCCAAUCAGUCAUCAUUUUAACAGUCAUUUAUUUAUGGGUUAUAGCCACUCACACGCACUACUAAAUCGCUCAUUUCCAGCACUCCCAGCUCCGCACAUUCCCACAACUUUUGAGUGGCUAAUUCAGUCAACAAUUUGACACUGUUUGGCAUAAUUUCAACAUGUUUUAUGCUAGUCACUUGCACCCAGCCCAGAGUGGCGCAACACGCUCUGAAAUUGUUCAUGUAAAAGAAUAAUAGAAACCUAAAUAAA